CUACGAUGACGCAGUCAACGCCACAGCAGAAGCGUUGACUAAAGAGUGAAACCAACCAGUUUCUUUUGUUGAUCUUUCUUUGCACAUGUACAAAGAUUGCUUAAAAAUAAACACCGAAAGAAAAGGGUCCCUGCUUUAUUUUACUCUUCUUUUUUGUGUGAAGAGAAUAUACUCUUUGCAUGACUGCGACGAUUAAUUCUUCGAGCUUGAUAAGACUAUAAUAGACGGCAAAUUUAUGAAACUGAAUUUGAAUCCAUGAUAUGUGGUUAAGCUAGAAGAGACUCGUAUUAGUCCAUGUUCUCUUGGAUAACACGAGUUUGGUGAAGUAAGUAUCUCAUCCAAUCAUGUUAUAUCAUUUUUUUAAAAUUUCUUCUAAAGCAAAUUUAAAUUUGGAGUUAUUUUACCCAACACAACUCCUUCCUUAUAUCAAGGAAUUUUCCUUAUUUUAUUUAUCUCAAGUAAAGUUUCUUGUCCGUGAUAGAUCUAAGCAUUCUGUUUUUGUCUUUGGUCUGUUAUCAUCUGCAUAAACCCCUCUACUCUCUUAUUUACCUUUUCAUGGUUUGAACCAAAGAGAACCUAAAGAAAGAAAGUGUUGAAUAUGCGUAUCUCUCACAAAAAGUAUGAUUUAUUCAUUAGCUUUAGGGGAGAGGAUACACGUACAAACUUCACUGCCCAGCUUCAUCGAGCUCUUACCGAUAGUAGUAUCGAAUCAUACAUCGAUUAUAGUCUCGUUAAGGGUGAUGAAGUUGGACCUGCUCUUGCUAAAGCAAUCCAAGAUUCACAUAUGUCUCUUGUAGUUUUCUCAGAAAACUAUGCAACCUCAAAGUGGUGCUUGGAUGAACUCCUCCAUAUACUACAAUGCAGAAAACAUCAUGGUCAGGUAGUAAUACCUGUGUUCUAUAACAUAGAUCCUUCACAUGUUCGUCAUCAGAAAGAAAGUUACGAGAUGGCAUUUGCAAGAUAUGAUAGAGAUCUCGCCCACAGUAAAUCUCAACUAGACAAGGUGUCCGAGUGGAAAGCUGCUCUCAAAUUGGCUGCCAAUAUAUCUGGAUGGGACUCUCGCAAAUAUCGGGAUGAUUCUCAAGUCAUCGAUAAAAUUGUGGAAGAUGUUUUGCAAAAGUUGUCCCUCAUGUAUCCUAAUGAACUCAAAGACCUUGUUACAGUUGAUGAGAACAGUGAAGAUAUUGAAUUAUUACUGAAAACAAUACCAAGAAUUGGAAUUUGGGGCAUGAGUGGAAUAGGAAAGACAACCAUAGCAAAACAGAUGUUUGCCAAGAACUUUGCCCAUUAUGACAAUGUAUGCUUCUUGGAAAAGGUAAGCGAAGACUCAGAAAAGUUGGGACCAAUAUAUGUUCGUAAUCAGCUUCUUCGUGAGCUACUGAAGCGAGAAAUUACAGCGUCUGAUGUUCAUGGACUUCACACGUUCAUCAAGAGGAGGCUCUUUCGCAAAAAAGUUUUCAUUGUACUUGAUGAUGUUGAUAAUGCUUCACAGUUAGAUGAUUUGUGCCGAGUACUUGGUGACCUUGGACCUAACAGUAGACUCAUUAUCACUACGCGAGACAGGCAUACGCUAAGUGGAAAAGUUGAUGAAAUAUAUGAGGUCAAAACAUGGAGGCUUAAAGACUCUCUAAAGCUUUUUAGCCUAAGAGCCUUCAAGCAAGACCAUCCUUUAAAGGGUUACGAAUGUUUCUCGGAAAGAGCAGUUGAAUGUGCAGGAGGUGUUCCAUUAGCUUUAGAAGUUUUGGGUUCACAUUUUCAUUCCAGAAAACCAGAAUUCUGGGAAUCUGAGUUGAAUUUGUAUGAGAAUAAAGGAGAAUCCUUGCCCGAUAUUCAAAAAGUGCUAAAAGCAAGUUAUAAUGGAUUAUCAUGGCGACAGAAGGAAAUGUUUCUAGACAUUGCAUUCUUUUUCAAAGGUGAAAACAAAGAUAUCGUCACAAGGAUACUUGAUGCCUUUGGUUUCAAUGCAACUAGUGGGAUAGAAAUCCUCGAAGAUAAAACUCUUAUAACCAUUUCAAACAACAGUAGAAUACAAAUGCACGACUUACUACAAAAGUUGGCCUUUGAUAUAGUUCGAGAAGAAUAUAAUGACCGAGGAAAGCGUAGCCGACUGAGGGAUGCAAAAGACAUUUGUGAUGUACUUGGAAAUAACAAGGGGAAUGAUGCAAUUGAAGGUAUAAUAUUUGAUUUGUCUCAAAAACUAGAUAUAAAUGUUCAAGCUGACACAUUCAAAUUGAUGACUAAAUUAAGAUUUCUUAAAUUCCACAUCCCCAAGGGUAAGAAGAAAUUAGGCACUGUGCAUCUUCCUGAAAAUAUUAUGCCAUUUUUUGACAAAUUGACAUACCUUGAGUGGAAUGGGUAUCCCUUGAAGUCUCUUCCAGAGCCUUUUCAUGCUGAGCAGCUGAUUCAGAUUUCUUUGCCGCACAGCAACAUUGAACAUCUUUGGUACGGGAUGCAGGAACUUGUGAAUCUAGAGGCAAUCGACCUAAGUGAAUGCAAACAGUUACGUCACCUCCCUGAUUUGUCUGGGGCGUUGAAACUCAAACAGUUGCGCCUUUCUGGUUGUGAAGAAUUAUGUGAAGUUCGACCUUCUGCUUUUUCUAAGGACACACUUGAUACUUUGCUACUGGAUAGGUGCACAAAACUGGAAAGUCUUAUGGGUGAGAAGCAUUUAACAUCUCUAAAAUACUUCAGUGUCAAAGGCUGCAAGAGCCUGAAGGAAUUUUCGUUGUCCUCAGAUUCAAUAAAUAGGUUGGAUUUAAGCAAAACCGGAAUCAAAAUAUUGCACCCAUCAAUCGGUGACAUGAACAACCUUAUUUGGUUGAAUCUAGAAGACUUAAAUCUAACAAAUCUACCGAUUGAAUUGUCUCACUUGAGAUCACUUACUGAACUUCGGGUUUCUAAGUGCAAUGUUGUUACUAAAUCAAAGUUAGAAGCCCUUUUUGAGGGUCUGACAUUAUUGAGAUUACUACACUUGAAAGAUUGUUGUAAUUUGAUUGAACUCCCUGCAAACAUUAGUUCCUUAGAAUCAUUGCAUGAAUUAAGACUGGAUGGAAGCAGUGUGGAGGAGUUGCCUGCUAGCAUCAAGUACCUCUCAGAGCUAGAAAUUCAGUCUUUAGACAAUUGCAGUAAGCUUCGUUGUCUUCCAGAACUUCCUUUAAGCAUCAAAGAGUUUCAGGCCGACAACUGCACUUCCUUAAUAACAGUAUCCACUUUGAAGACCUUCUCAAUAAACAUGAUUGGCCAAAAAAAAUACAUUUCGUUUAAGAAUAGCAUUAUGCUGGAAUUGGAUGGACCCUCGCUUGACCGCAUUACAGAAGAUGCCAUGUUGACAAUGAAAAGUGCCGCCUUUCACAAUGUAUUAGUCAGAAAGUACAGAUUCCAAACCCACAGCUUCAAUUAUAACAGAGCCGAGGUUUGUCUGCCAGGACGCAGAGUUCCAAGAGAGAUCAAACACCAAUCAACCACAUCUUCCUCCAUAACUAUCAACAUUUCCAACUCACUGGGCUUUAUUUUUGCAGUUGUGGUUUCUCCAUCUAAGAAAACACAACAGCAUGGGUACUUCGUUGGAAUGCGAUGUCAAUGCUAUACGGAAGAUGGAAAGAGGGAGGUGGGAUAUAAGUCUAAGUGGGAUCAUAAACCGAUUACAAGUUUGAACAUGGAUCAUGUUUUUGUAUGGUAUGAUCCAUACCAUUAUGACAGCAUACUCAGCAGUAUUGAAAGAAAGAUUUCUUUUAAAUUCUGCAUUACAACUUAUACAAGCAGCGGGAAAGAACUUGAUGGCCUUCUAAGUAUCAAAGAGUGUGGAGUUUGUCCAAUUUACUACUCUGAAAGUCGGAGGGUUUUAGGCACAGGGAAUUUAGACAAGAAAUUAGAAUUAGAGUUGUAUGAGGAAAUUCAAUUUGAAUCAAGAUCAGGUGAAGGCUAUGAUGAGGGAGAUGAUGAGAAGGAAGGUACUGGCAUACAGAACCAACAAUCGGACUUGAAUGAAAAUUUUCACAGUUCAUAUGAAUGUUUAAUUGCCUGUAAUGAUACUCAGGUACAUGAAAAUCCUCAACAGAAAGAAACUUUGGAUGAUGACGAUAAUUCCAAAGAAAUUAUGAAAUUUAAGAUUGUUCAUGAGAGUUCUGCGAAGUCUGGAGAUGAAACUGAAACUUCUUCCAACAAACAUGAACAAUUCGAGAAGGAGAAGGAUUCUACUGGAGGAGAUUCUGAUGUAGAGUCGUCUUUUGAUAAGAGACAAAAGUUUUCCAGUGAUGAUGAUUUACACUCUUCUAUUUCUCCGACAAGAUUAAAUUCAACAGACAGGUCGAAGACAGAUGAGGAAACUAAGAAUCUUCAACAAUCACCGCCACCAUUAGUGAAGAAUCUACAGAUUCCAUCUUAUUCUUAUACUAACAAACUAAAUCCAAACGCUUCAAUGGCUGCUGAGAGUUCUUCAAGUAAACCUUCAAAGGAUUCAGAAUAUUCUCCUAUCGACUAUUCUGAAUAUAAGAAAAUCCUUGAAGAAGACCCUUUGGCAAUCAUGGAAAAACUCUUAUCUGGUGAACUUGGUCAUUCUUCACAGGCUUCUCAAUCUACGCCACAAGCUGAAGCUACUGAAACUCAGAGUGAGUCAAUCAAGAUGCUGCUGGAUGAAUUAAGGGAUUUGGUAUUUUCAAGAAACUUAUUGAAACAUUUACCCAAUGAUGUGACUCUUGGAGAAGAGGUGAAAGCUUUAUUAGUUAAACUCAAUUAUAGAGCUAAUGAGCUUUCUGAGAAACAAAGUUCUGGUAUUACUGAUUUCGCCAGAAUCUUCACAGAAGCCACAGUGAAUAUUGAUGAAGGAAAACUGGGCAAUGUUACUCUUCAACAUCUUAAUGUGGAUCAUAAAGAUUCAAUGUCCAAGCUUCAAGCAUCCAAAUACAAGAUUAUGAAGUUUGACGAGUCUAUCAGUGCCGCUGAGGAUAAGAUCAAGGCCAGGGAUGUUGAAAUUGAAGAUAUCAAAGCACAGAUUCGUUUGCUCGAGGAGAAAGCACGUAAGGUUCAACAAGAGAAGUCACAGUUAGAGGAUGCUUGCUCAAAAUGUAAGGAGAAGAGAACUGAAAUUGUGGAAGAAGCUAAAAAUGUAGCCUCUACGACCAUACAAACCCGUGAGAAGAUUGAUAAUCUAAAAAAGAAGAAGCGGGAGUUGGAUUCGAAUUAUGAGACGCUUGAAGGAAAUUAUGCCAUAAUGAGACUGUCACCUCCAUUUUAGAAUUUACCUUAUUAUUAUGCUUGUUAUAUUUCCUAUAUUUUUGAACAAUUUAUAAACCAUCAAUUUAGUUCACUGUA